CUAUGAAUGUGCAUUUGUUAUUGUUCUGAUGCUUAUGAAUCAAUAUUAUAGGUGUUAUGCAUUUUUAUAAACCAAUUUACCAUCUGGUACGUAUAUAUAAUAUCAACUCUAAUCUUCUUCCUCAUUUCUCUCCAUAAUAUUAUAACAACAUCAGCAUUUUGAUCAGAUAUGGAAGAAACGGUGUUUACACCUGCAAUAGAAGGAAUGAAGCAUAUGAAGUCCGAUCAUGGAGAAAUCUUAACUAAGCCUUUCUUAGACGCAUGCAAAACAUUGCUGCCUAUUCUAGAUAAAUUCGGAGCUUCCAUGGCUGUUGUAAAAUCCGAUAUAAGUGGAAACAUUUCAAGAUUGGAUUCUAAGUAUAAUGAAAAUCCAACUAGAUUCAACUACUUAUAUGCUUUGGUUCAAGCUGAAGUUGAAACAAAUACUGCAAAGAAUUCAUCAAGUUGCACCAAUGGUCUUCUUUGGUUAACAAGAGCAAUGGACUUCUUAGUGGAACUUUUCCGUAACUUAUACCAACAUCAAGAUUGGUCAAUGCAACAAGCUUGCAAUGAUUCCUACAGCAAGACUUUGAAGAAAUGGCAUGGAUGGAUUGUUGCCAUUAAGCUGGUUCCUGAUAGGAAGAAGUUCAUGGAUGUGAUAGCAAGCAAGGGAGAUACAUAUGCUGACAUGGAUAAAUUCUGUGAAUCCUUUUCACCAGUUUUAGCUCAGAUUCACAAGUUCCUGCAAUCUUGCGGUUUGGAUUCUAUGAAGGCGACAUGAUGGAAUAAGUCUCUAUGGUCUAUUGAAACCUUCUUUUUGCAUCAAUUUCUUGAUAAUUUUUGGUUAUCCCCUCCCCUAGCUUCGAUUUAUUUCAUUUUUUUCAUCU